GAUGCAUUUAAUAGCACAGCCUCUGCAACCCUUUGUAACAAUAAUAGCAACAUUUGUUACAAGAUGGAACAAAUAUGUGGUGCCAAAAUUGGCAACAUGGUCAAUAGGGCAAAGCCAUAUAUUUUAACUGUGGGGUUGCAAUUUGGCAUGGCGGGGACAUACCUCUUCACCAUGGCUAGUUUGAAUCAUGGAAUGAGUCGUUUGGUGUUCAUUGUGUAUCGCAAUGCCAUCGCUGCAUUGGCCCUUGCUCCCUUUGCCUUAAUCUUUGAAAGGAAAGUUAGGCCAAAAAUGACAUGGACUGUCUUCAUACAAAUAUUAGUACUUGGAUUUCUUGAGCCAGUUGUUGACCAAGGCUUCACUUUCUUGGGAAUGGAAUACACUUCGGCUUCGUUUGCAUCUGCUGUUAUGAAUGCCGUACCCUCUGUAACCUUUAUGCUUGCAGUAAUUCUCAGGUUAGAGCUUGUAAACAUGAAGGAAAUACGCAGUCAAGCAAAAGUGAUGGGAACCUUGGUAACCUUUGCUGGAGCUUUGUUAAUGACACUUUACAAAGGCCCUCAAUUUGACCUAUUUCAUCAUCCAAAAACAACCCCCCACCAAGGUGGAGUACACUCCCAUCAGAAUCAGAGUCACUCACACUGGGUCACAGGGACCCUCUUCAUAUGCCUUGGUUGUUUGGCUUGGUCUUCCUUCUACAUAUUGCAGUCCAUAACGGUGAAAAGGUACCCUGCGGAACUAUCGCUGUCAUCGUUGAUAUGCUUGAUGGGUGCACUGCAAAGUGCUGUUGUUGCGUUGAUAGCAGAUCAUAACCCUCGGGCAUGGGCUAUUGGUUUCGACUACACGCUCUAUGGCCCUCUAUACACUGGAGUAAUGAGUUCAGGAAUAGCAUACUAUAUACAAGGAUUGGUGAUGCAAAGCAGAGGCCCAGUGUUUGUUACAUCCUUUAAUCCUCUUUGCAUGAUUAUUGUUACUGCUUUGGGUUCCCUCCUUCUAGGAGAACACCUCUACCUGGGAAGUAUCAUUGGAGGCAUUAUUAUCGCAGUGGGUCUUUACGCAGUGGUAUGGGGUAAAGGCAAAGACUAUGGAGGUGAUGCUUCGCCAUCAGCAACAACAACAAAAGAAACAGAAACGUUGCAGUUGCCAAUUUCCUCACCAAUUAAUAAAUGACAAGAAGUGUGUUAACAUAAAGCAAGUUCGUUCGUUCGUUCGACUUAUGUUGGCAGAAGUGACUGAUAUGAUGGCAAAAUAUGCAAAUCAUAUAGUGAUUUGUGCUUGUGUACGUGGGCACUAUAUCUAGCCAUGUUAAGUUGAAACCACGACUUCGUUACGCUAUUCGCUUGAGUUAUUUAAUACUCAAUUAAUGUUAGAAAAGUGUUUUGUCAUCGUUGAAAUAUUAUACCAAAAAGUUAAACAAGGCGUCUCCUUCUAGUAUUUAGUUACGUAAAACAUUCGCCCUAAUUACGUAUUGAAUCUCAUUCCUUUUACACCAA